AUGACGAGUUUAAUACACCCGAAUGGGAAGAUGUCUUUGUAUUAUGAUAACAUUCCUACGAAAAUUGAGCAAAAUAAGUUGCGAUCGCUAAUCUAUGGAACAAUAGGAUGUGAAAAUGGUCACAGAGAUCAUGAGAUACCUGUUCCAGCAAAAUGGAUUGAAAGUGGUACAUUGGUGGAGUUUGAAGUCAUCGGAAAAAUUUGUUCGCAAUACAAUACAAGUGAAAGAUGUCAAAAUGCAACGACAUCGAACAUGACAUGUAUAUGGUGUGAAAAAGGGAACGCAUGUAUAGAAAGUAACGAUCAGAACACUCAUGACAUGAAAGUGAAGGACUGCCGUGUUGAGAAUACGUCUACCGGAACAACGGAAGAAAAUAAACCACACAAGUCAUAUUGGUAUCUAUACGUUGUAAUUCCUUUGGCCACCUCUCUGUUUCUUAUGUGUAUCGGUUACAUAAUUUGGAGAUGGUUGCUAAGAAGAAAGAAAAGUGGUAAAUGA